AUGGGUAGUGGUGAAGUGGAUAAGUCUUGUAAGGAGGGGAAAGAAGCAAAUGAGCCGAAAACUCCUGCUGCACAGGACCAGACUUCGGCUUCUUCUGGUGCAGUUGCAGCUGAUUGGUCUGGGUUUCAGGCUUAUUCUCCCAUUCCUCCUCCACCUGGGUUCAUAGCAUCAAGUCCUCAAGCGCACCCUUAUAUGUGGGGAGUCCAACAAUUUAUUCCACCGUAUGGCACUCCACCUCAUCCAUAUGUCAUGUAUCCUCAUGGAAGUAUUUACGCUCAUCCAACUAUGGCUCCGGGAUCUUAUCCUUUUAGUCCCUUUGCUAUGCCUUCUCCAAAUGGUAUUGUUGAAGCUUCUGGCAAUGCUCCAGGCAACACAGAGGUGGAUGGCAAGUCAUCUGAGGCAAAAGGGAAAUUGCCAAUCAAAAGGUCCAAGGAAAGUUUGGGCAGUUUAAAUAUGAUUACUGGGAAAACUAAUGAGCCUGGUAAAACAUCUGCCACUCCAAAUGGUCUACAUUCUAAAAGUGUUGAGAGUGCGAGUGAAGGUUCAAGUGAAGGAAGUGAUGCAAAUUCCCAAAACGGUUCACAAUUGAAGUCUGGUGGCCAGCCAGAUUCAGAACCAUCUCAGAACGGCAGCAGUUUUCAAAAUGGUAAAUCAAUGGUAAAUCAAGCAUUGGUACCAAUUUCAGCAGUGGGUGCAGUGAGUGGUGUUCCUGGGCCCACUACUAACUUAAAUAUCGGAAUGGAUUAUUGGGGCGCCACCCCUUCAUCUUCAAUUCCUGCAAUGAGGGGUAAGGUGUCUGUUGCACCAGUGGCAGGAGGAAUGGUCACCACUGGAUCACGAGACAGCAUCCAGUCACAGCUCUGGGUUCAGGAUGAAAGAGAGCUGAAAAGACAACGAAGAAAGCAGUCAAACAGGGAAUCUGCUCGUCGAUCGAGAUUGAGAAAGCAGGCAGAAUGCGAUGAACUGGCUCAGCGUGCUGAAACUUUGAAAGAAGAAAAUGCGUCUCUCAGGGCAGAGGUGGCUCGCAUAAGGAGUGAAUGCGAGCAACUUCUUGCUCAGAAUUCCUCUUUGAAGGGGAGACUUGGUGAACUUCCUGGUCAAGAUGAUCAGCAAAAAGAUGCUCCGUAA